UUUAUAUAUACCACUCUGACCCCGUGGUUGGUACAAGAAAGAGGUAGCAGCCACAAAAUCCCUCCUCACCGGCCGGCCCACAAACAAGGGCCCUUCAGGCCUUUUAUAUUUGUUUUCUUCCCCAGACCCCAAGCAGGCAAGCACCCACCCUAAGUCUAACGAGUAACGAUGCCUAGGGCAAAAACGCAGCAUAUGCUGAUUGCUGAUCCCAGAGUUAGGAAAGUCACCUUCGAGAAAAGGAUGAAGGGUUUGACAAAGAAGUUGAGUGACCUUAGCACCCUGUGUGGCGUUGAUGCAUGCGCAAUCAUUUAUAGUCCUUACAACAAACAGCCCGACGUUUGGCCAUCACUGCCAGAGGCCCAACUCCUUGCCGCAAGGUUUCAGAGCUUGCCGGAGAUGGAAAAAGGGAAGAAGAUGACGAACCAAGAAGGGUUCCUUAGGCAAAGAAUAUCCAAGCUGCAGGAGCAGCUGAAGAGACAGGAGAAAGAGAACAGGGAGACUGAGAUAAACCAUCUUAUGUACCAGUGCUUGGCAGGUAGUAGGAGCCUGGGAGAUGUGAACAACAUUGUGGAUCUGAAAGAUUUGGAAGCGUUGAUUGGGGAGAAGAUGAACUUAAUCGAAGAGAGGAUCGGAUACCUUAGGCGGCCUUCCCCACCACUUAUGGUAAUUGACGAGGGUGGUGAUGAUCAGGCAGAAAUAGCAGUGCCGUGUUCCUUGGGGAUGAGCAUGCCGCAACCUUCGUUCAUGGAGAUGGAGGUUAUCAAUAAUAACCCAAGCGGAAAUCAAUUUACGGGAUUUUGUGGAAAUGGGAUGAUGCUUACUUGUGGGGAAACCACUACUUGGUCUAAUCACCACUUUGAUGGUGCCUUUUGGGGUAAUUAGUUCAGAGUAACCUCUCUACGGCUCUAUCUAAUUGUUUAAUUUCUUUUCCUAGAAAAAUUAUUUCUCCUCUUGUUCUCAACCUUGAAGACUAGCUAGAAGGUAUCGUAUCCAUGGGCUAUCCUACUAUACGUUCAA